AUGCCUGAAGGAAUCAUCGUCCGCGGUUCAUCCGUAACCAACCAAGCAGUCGCAAAACCCACAGCUACCUUCACCGGCGAAGUCUACAUGGAUUUAAUCAACCGGGACACAUCGGUCGUAAUGGCUAAUGUCACAUUUACUCCCUGUGCCCGAACACACUGGCACACACAUGAAGGCGGACAAGUCAUCCGCGUACUUUCAGGGUCGGGCUGGGUCUGCGACAAGGGCAAAGAGGCUCGUCGAAUCAAAGCUGGAGAUACUGUUUGGGCGCCCGCAGGAACGACGCAUUGGCAUGGUGCGGAUGAUGGCUCUUUGAUGACUCAUUUUGUUGUUGGGCUUGGAGAGACGGUGUGGCAUGAGGCUGUGAGUGAUGAAGAGUAUAAGAAGAGAAGUGAUGCGUGA